AUGGCUGAUGAUGGCAUGCUACUCAAUUUCUCUGUCAGUCAAGCACCUACCAGUAAUCUACAGAAGUUCAAAGGUGGGUCAUGGAGAGAGCGUCUACAAGCGAAGAGAAAUGCAAGACGAGGCGGACGACCGAAAUCCAAUGACCCCAACAAAGUCGCAAUAAAAGCAAGAGAGCCUCCUCCGCAACCCACUGAAUUCGAGGACUCAAGACCGGUCAAGCGACGGCGUGAAAAUGGGUUCAAUUCCUCGUUUGGCGACCAUACAUCCCAAUCUCGGCCUCAAUCUCAAGGACGCAGACGGAAUGAAGCACACACAUCGACUGGGCCGCGUGAGGUCAUUUCCUCCUUGUUCACCUACAAUCCUAAGUCUACCAUCGCACCCGAGCCACAGGAUAAACAGCAAGAAGAGACGCCCGCCGUGCCGUCAAAUGCACCUCUUGUGGAUGGAAUUGAUACCUUUACUUCCCUCGGCCUCUCCACGACACUCGCAACACACCUUCUGACCAAGAUGAACCUAAAGAACCCUACUGCCAUUCAGAAAGCCUCUAUAUUGCAGAUGUUGAAGGAGGAUAGUGAUGCCUUUGUCCAGUCCGAGACGGGAUCUGGCAAGACUCUAGCAUAUCUACUUCCAGUAGUGCAACGUAUCAUGACGAUGUCAGAGCAAAAGGGCAACGAUACUACCGUCCACGAUCCUUCUUUACACCGAGAUUCUGGAUUGUUUGCCAUAGUACUUGCGCCUACUCGCGAGUUGUGUAAGCAAAUCUCGGUGGUCCUGGAACGUCUCCUCGGUGCUGCUCACUAUAUUGUGGCUGGCACGGUGAUUGGAGGUGAAAAAAAGAAGUCAGAGAAAGCGAGGCUACGAAAGGGCUUGAAUAUCUUGGUUGCAACGCCUGGUCGGUUGGUCGAUCAUCUCGAGCAUACCAAAGUCCUCGAUGUUUCAUCUGUUCGUUGGCUUGUGCUUGACGAGGGUGACCGCCUGAUGGACUUGGGCUUCGAAGAGGAUAUCACCAAAAUUGUCCAGACGCUUGAUCAGAAGAAAAGAAAAACAGCCAGACCAGGCCUGCCUGAAAGACGUACCACAAUCCUCUGCUCUGCGACCUUGAAAAUGAACGUUCAGAAGCUAGGUGAAAUCAGUCUGAAAGAUGCUGUUCUGAUCAAGGGCGAUUCCGACGAUCAAGAUGAGCAGAUGGGAGACCAAGAAAAGAGAACUGACUCGGCAUUCCUUGCUCCUGCUCAAUUAAAGCAAUCCUACAUUGUCACAGCAACGAAGCUGAGACUCGUAACGUUGACUGCACUGCUCAAGCGGACAUUUGCAAGAAAGGGCUCUGUAAUGAAGGCAAUUGUCUUUGUUUCUUGUGCCGACUCUGUAGAGUUCCAUUUCAAGACAUUUACACGUUCCGUGGAAGAGGGCACCGAAACGCAGAAUCCAGUGGAAGACGCAUCGUCUUCAGACCAUGAGGACCAGGUACCAAGGACUGCGAAACCUGCAACAGCUGUCGACUCAGAUGCUGUUUCACCGGCGCCUGCACUCUCGACACCUCAAAACCCUCUGACCGUUUACAAGCUUCACGGUUCAUUGCCACAAGCCACGCGCACCAGCAUUGUCAAACAAUUCGCCAAUACAACAUCUCCAUCAUUGCUCAUUGCCACCGAUGUCGCAUCUCGAGGUCUGGAUCUUCCAAACCUAGAUCUCGUUAUCGAAUACGAUCCAGCAUUCAGCUCAGACGACCAUCUCCACCGGAUCGGGCGUACUGCCCGCCUCGGCCGAGACGGAAGAGCCAUCAUCUUCCUCCUCCCAGGAAAAGAAGAAGGCUACGUCGAGGUCUUACAAAAAUCCUACAAGCAAACUUCCGAGGCAGACACCAGCCGAAAUGUGACCGCCAUGUCGGCAGAAGAAGUCCUGAAAAGGGGCUUCUCAGCAGUCUCCGGCGUGGUCCCCACCAAGAACAACCGUAACAGCAAACAGGCAGACUCGGGCUCUAAUCAGAACUGGGACGCCGUCGCCACCGAAUUCCAACUGACGAUCGAACGCUGGGUUCUCUCGGACCCGAAGGUCAAGGAACUCGCCAAGCGUGCCUUUCAAUCGCAUGUGCGCGCCUAUGCUACACACGUUGCGGCGGAACGCAAGUGGUUCGACAUUAAAGACUUACAUUUGGGACAUCUGGCCAAAGCGUUCGGGCUGCGCGAUGCGCCUGGCCGCGUCAAUGUGAUCGGACAGGGUAGGAACAGCACGAGUGGCAAGAGAGGCCGGACCACGGGAGGCUCGGAGAGCCAGGCGAAUGGUGCUGGUGAGGGCGGUGAGCAAGAUGAGUCGGCGCGCAAGAUGAGGGAGAAGGUCCGCACGAAUAGGAAGUUGAUGAUGAGCGGUGGUGGCGCGGAUGAAUUCAAUAUCGCGUAA